AUGGCAAGGGUCUUCAUGAAACUGGAUCUACGCGCGGGAUACCACCAAAUCCGAAUGCAUGAUGAAGACAUUUUUAAAACGGCAUUUCGAACCCAUGAGGGCCACUUCGAGUUUCUGGUGAUGCCAUUUGGAUUGACGAAUGCACCAUCUACUUUUCAGGAAGCCAUGAACGCGAUUUUUCAACCGAUGCUGCGAAAGUGUGUAAUCGUGUUCUUUGACGACAUUCUCGUAUACAAUCCAGAUGAGGAACUCCACAGCCAACAUUUAGCAGCAGUAUUAACUAUCCUUCGCGACAACAAGUUUUUUGUGAAAUUAUCUAAGAGUUCGUUCUGCAAGUCGACGGUUGAGUAUUUGGGACACUUGAUCCGACAAAGUUAUUACCGGCGUUUUGUUUCGCGGUAUGCGCUGAUUGCCGCACCACUCACGGAUUUGCUCAAGAAAGAUGCUUUUGAGUGGUCAGCAGCGGCCGAUGAGGGGUUCGAAAAUCUAAAAACGACCAUGUCCACGGCACCAAUUCUGCGUUUACCAGAUUUCGAGAAGACUUUUUACGUCGAAACUGAUGCAUCUGAUGUGGGGAUUGGGGCGGUUCUCAUUCAAGACAACCAUCCUAUCGCCUAUUUUAGCAGAAGCUGCGCAUCCGGUACCAUAGCUGCUAGAAGUGUUGCGAAACAAGACAAAGUCCUUGCCAGAAAUGCGGGAGAUCACAGGAUCCAUUCGGGAAGGCAAGGAUUCACCACACUUGUCCUUUAUGGACGGGUUAGUUUAUCACAAGCGGAGAAUUUUUGUGGGCUCAAGAUGCUUGGCUCGCAGCCCAAUAAUGCAAGAGUAUCACUGCUCUCCGGCAGCCGGACAUCCGGGUUUCCUCCGCACUUUCAGGCUGGUGGCAGCAAGUUUUUAUUGGCCCAAUAUGCGGAAGGAGGUGAAACAGUUUGUCGAGGCUUGCGUCACCUGCCAAACGACCAAGUACUCAACUCAGAAGCCCGCCGGGCUACUGCAACCGCUACCGGUUCCGUCGCAGGGUUGAAAAUGUCCUCGUUUAAGGCGUUGUAUGGUAGGGAACCGCCACCAUUGAUUUUUGCGCCACCAUCAGCCACUACUCCAACGUCAGCCACUGAGUUAAUUCAUCAACACGGCGAGUUACUGGUACAGUUGCGCCGCAAUCUGGAGAGAGCGCAGCAAAGAAUGCGUGAGAGUGCUAACAAGCAUCGUCGCCAUGUGGAAUUUAAGGUGGGCGACAUGGUGCGGUUGAAGUUGCAGCCUUACAGGCAAUAUUCGGUGGUACACCCCCUCUCUGCGAAGCUGUCACGUCGUUUUUAUGGUCCUUUUGAGGUCAUUUACUGCAUCGGCCCGGUUAUCUUCCGGAGGGAUGCUGGAUUCAUAAUGUGUUUCACAUUAGUUUGCUGCGACUGUUUGUAG